AAAAUCUAAGCUACAUUCAUUGUAAAUUACAAACCCUAUUUUUCUAACCCCAUUUCUUGAGCAGCCGCCCUCCUCCAUUUUCGUUCACCACGCAGUCGGCCUCCUCUUCCAUCAAAUUCUGUCAAGUUUCCAGCCGUCCUCCUCCUCCUCCACGACUCAGCCGCCCUCCUCUUCCAUCCUUUUCUGUCACGACUCAGCCGCCCUCCUCUUCCAUCCUUUUCUGUCACGACCCAGCUGUAGGUUUAUUUGCUAGAUUACUUGUCUGAUUAGAACAAUAGUUAAGAUGGACUUUGAUGAGUAUGAAUACCUGGAGAAAACAGUUGAAAACCCUGAACCUCAUAAGACAAAGGAAGCUGCCAAUGGUGGUGAUGGUGCCAUGAAGUCUGGGGAGAAAGAUAGCAGUCGCAGUUCAAAACAUAGGAGCAACGAGAAGGAUGAUGGGGAUGAUGACAACCGUCGCUCAAAGCGCCCAAAAUCUGGAGAUGAGUCUCGUGAUCCUGAUCAGCGUAAAGAACGCGGUUCAUCUCGUCAGCGAUCACGAUCUAGAGAUGGAGAGAGGGACCAUCAUCGAAGUAGCCGAGAACAUAAAGAUAGGGAUAGAGGUAGAGAGAGGGAGAAAGAAAGAGAUAGGGAAGAAAGAAAUGGGAAAGAGAGAGACAGAGAUAGAGAUAGAGAGCGGGAACGUGAACGGGAACGUGAUCGGGACAGGAAGGAGCGGGAUCGUGAAAGUGAAAAGGACAAGGAAAGGGAAAAAGAGCGUUCACGCCGAAGCAGGAGCAGAUCUGAUAAGCAUCGAAUUGAGUUGGAUGAGAAGGAGAGAGAAAAGAGCCGUGACAGGGAAUUUCGAGAAAGAGAAAGAGAGAGGGAGUCCAGGGAACGUGAUAGGGAAAGCAGAAGAUAUAAUAAAGAGAAAAAGGAAGAAGCUGCAGAGCCAGAAGCUGAUCCUGAACGGGAUCAGAGAACAGUAUUUGCGUAUCAAAUAUGCCUGAAGGCAGAUGAGAGAGAUGUCUAUGAAUUUUUCUCGAGGGCUGGCAAGGUGCGAGAUGUACGGCUCAUAAUGGAUCGCAAUUCAAGACGUUCAAAGGGAGUGGGGUAUAUUGAAUUCUAUGAUGUUAUGUCAGUGCCAAUGGCCAUAGCACUCUCUGGGCAACCUCUUCUUGGUCAACCAGUAAUGGUGAAACCUUCAGAAGCCGAAAAAAAUCUUGUUCAGUCGACUACAACUGUGAAUGCUGGAUCUGGUCCAUACUCUGGUGGGGCUAGAAGGUUGUAUGUUGGCAAUCUGCACUUUAACAUAACAGAAGAUCAGCUUCGACAGGUUUUUGAGCCAUUUGGUAUUGUGGAGUUGGUGCAAUUGCCUCUUGAUGAAACUGGCCACUGUAAAGGCUUUGGGUUUGUUCAGUUUGCGCGUCUUGAAGAUGCUAAGAAUGCCUUAAAUUUGAAUGGACAAGUGGAGAUUGCAGGUCGGCCAAUCAAGGUGUCAACUGUUACUGAUCAAACAGGAAUGCAAGACAGUACAACAAAUGCUGGUGAUUUUGAUGAUGAUGAAGGUGGUGGCUUGGCUCUGAAUGCACGUUCUCGAGCAAUUUUGAUGCAGAAGUUGGAUCGCAGUGGCACCGCCUCAAGUAUUGCUGGUUCAUUGGGAACAUCUGCUGCAAGUACUGGCCUUGCUGUACCAACAGCACCAAUUCUUGGUGCUGCACCUGUCAUACCUCCUAUUGUUGCUCCUCUUAUUUCGGGUUCUGCUCCUGCUUUCCCUGGACUUCCAGGUGCAAGUGUUCAGCUUCCUGGUGCUAUUCCUUCAGUGGAUACAAUUGGCGUCCCAAGUGAAUGUUUAUUACUGAAGAAUAUGUUUGAUCCAAGUAUAGAGACGGAACCAGACUUUGAUUUGGAUAUUAAAGAAGAUGUUCAACUGGAAUGCUCCAAAUUCGGAAAUCUGCAGCAUAUUUAUGUGGACAAGAAUAGUGCUGGGUUUGUGUAUCUGAGAUUUGAGAAUACACAAUCUGCUAUUAGUGCACAACGGGCGUUGCAUGGUAGAUGGUUUGCUGGCAAGAUGAUCACUGCAACAUUCAUGGUACCCCAGGUCUAUGAGACUAAAUUCCCGGAUAGCAGAUAGGAAUAGAUUUUGGAUAUAUGCCUGAAGAUUUCAAUAUUCUUAUUUGCGCGGAUGUUCGCACGAGUUGAAUCGGGGUAGCAUCUGUUUGUCAUUUUAAUACUCGAAGAUGGCAGUUUAGUUUCUGUUGUGGUCUCAUUUGUAAUUUUUCAUGUCUCGACUACAUAUUGUUAUAUAACUUCUCUCUCUGGAAAAUAUCAAGAGUAGGUUGUUCUGUA